UAAUGCGCAUGUGUAGAGAAGGAUUUCCCUAUGUUGCUCUUUCUCUCCUCGUCUCUCCGAAUUUCCAAUACAGUUCCCUGCACAAGCUUUUCUCCAAGAACCACGACACAAUACACUUCUUUUCAGGAAAAUGAGUAAAUCAGCAUUGCCCCUGCAAUGCGUGCGUGGGUCGGAGAAGCAGGUGAUCAAGAAGGAAGCUUUGGUGAAGCUUCUGCGGUGGCAUUUUGGUCAUUCUGAUUUCCGAGGGAAUCAGUUGGAAGCCAUUCAAGCUGUUCUAUCAGGUAGAGAUUGUUUUUGUCUGAUGCCGACUGGUGGAGGAAAGUCACUUUGUUAUCAGAUCCCUGCCCUUGCAAAGCCAGGGAUUGUGCUCGUUGUUAGUCCUUUGAUAGCCCUUAUGGAGAAUCAAGUAAUGGCUCUGAAAGAAAAAGGGGUUGCUGUUGAAUAUCUCUCUUCAACUCAGACUGUCAAAGUCAAGAAUAAGAUCUAUGAAAACCUUGAAUCUGGAAAGCCAUCUUUGCAACUAUUGUAUGUUACACCAGAACUGAUUGCCACAUCAGGAUUUAUGUCAAAGCUGAUGAAGAUUCAUGGCAGAGGAUUGCUAAAUCUUAUAGCAAUUGAUGAGGCACAUUGCGUAUCAACAUGGGGCCAUGAUUUCAGGCCAAGCUACAGAAAGCUUUCUUCUCUGAGGAAUAAUUUGCCAGGCAUACCAGUUCUAGCAUUGACAGCAACAGCUGUUCCCAAGGUUCAGGAGGACGUGAUAAAGUCCUUGUCUUUGCAAAAACCUCUUGUUCUGAAGUCAUCAUUCAAUCGUCCAAAUAUUUAUUAUGAAGUUCGCUAUAAAGAUCUGAUGGAUGAUCCAUAUUCUGAUAUUUGCAAUUAUCUGAAAUCAUGUGGAAAUGUAUGUGCAAUUGUUUAUUGUCUUGAGCGCACAGCUUGUGAUGAUCUGGCACUCCACCUAUCUGCACAAGGAAUUCCUUGUUCUGCAUAUCACGCAGGAUUGAACAGUAAUGUCCGGAGUUCUGUCUUGGAUGACUGGAUCUCCUCUAGAACACAAGUAGUUGUGGCUACUGUAGCUUUUGGGAUGGGUAUUGAUAGGAAGGAUGUCAGAGUUGUUUGCCAUUUUAAUAUCCCCAAGUCUAUGGAAGCAUUCUACCAAGAGUCAGGUCGAGCUGGUCGUGACCAACUGCCUUCUCGAAGUCUGUUGUAUUUUGGAGUUGAUGAUCGUAGAAAAAUGGAAUUCAUCCUGAGUAAGGCUGCAAACAAGAAAUCACAUUCUUCAAGCAUGGAUGAGGGUUCAACAAAGAACUCCUUAGCUGAGUUCCAGAAAAUGAUUGAAUACUGUGAGGAGGCAGGCUGCCGGAGAAAAAAGAUCCUUGAAAGUUUUGGGGAAGAGCAGGUAACGGCAUCAUUAUGUGGGAAAACUUGUGACUCAUGCAAACACCCUGAUAUGGUUUCAAAGUAUUUGGAGGAGCUUACAAGUACUGCUGCUUUUCAAUAUAAAAGGGGGUCAUCAAGAAUAUACAUAACCAGUGCUUCAGAGACCUAUGGUGAUGAACAAUUGUCAGAAUUCUGGAAUCGAAAUGAUGAAGCUAGUGGAUCUGAGGAAGAAGAUAUUUCUGAUUCUGAUGAUGCCACAGAAAUUGCAAAAAGUGUAGCAAAUUUAGGAAAAUCAUCCAAAUGGAAACUAGACGAAAGAUUGGAGUCAUUAGAGCGUGCGGAAGAGAAUUAUUAUCGGAAUAAAGAUAACCAAGACAAACAGGCCAAUAAGAUCGACAAGAAAUUCAUAUCCGCGACGCUUAGAAAUUCUGGAAAGCAGAGGUUACUAACUGCAAUGAAGCAAAAUCAGCAUCUUUCCAGCACUUUACAGAUGGACUUUGUGACAUCUGCGGAGACACUUGAGAUUGAAUGUUACCGGAAAUACGGGAGAAGUGGGAAGUCAAUUUAUUUAUCCCAGAUGGCAAGUACCGCAAGAUGGCUGUCAGCAGCGGUCCCUGAUGAACUAACACAAAGACUUGGUACCACUCCUAGCAUGUCAACAGAGGCAGAUAAACCCGAAGCAGAUCGCUCUUUAUCACCAUCAGUGCCAUUCAUUGCAGCAAUCACACCAGUCCAUGAAGAGAAUGGGAGUGGCAGUGGUGCUACCAUUGAAUCAAACUCUGCUGUCCUCGAGCAUACAUUGGCACCACCAAUUCUGUCAUUCUCAGAAUUUAUAAACAGGAGAAAAGUGAUGGAUAAGCAGGUUUCGACAUCUAAAAGAGAGUCCAAGGAUGGAGGUAGCCAAGGUAUGGAGAAGAAAGCUAAGUGCUAGGCUCUUAACUGGAACUUCAAAUUUUGCAGCGCUGACACUCUCUCAUUGAACGCAUUGUUACUGAUUUGUUUAGCAUCUAGAUUGUUAUGUAGUAAUCUCUAUAAAUACCGAGCUAUCUUGUAGUACUGUUUUUCAUCAUGAUUAAAUGCAUAACAAUGUUACAUAA